AUGUCCGUCCCAAACACUUUCAAGAGCGCUAUCGUCGAGGCUCCUAGAGCCAAGACGGUGAUUACAGAUGUACCAACACCCGAGAUCAAGCCUGAUGAAGUGCUGAUCAAGAUCACGGCUGCAGCCAUCAAUCCGGUGGAUUGGAAGAUGAGGGACGAGCCGGACAGGUAUCCCUACCUGAAGGAAUAUCCCACUCCACUCGGCUCCGACGCUGCAGGCAUUGUAGCAGCUGUAGGUAGCAGUGUAGACUCCUCUCAUCUCAAGGUUGGCGAUCCAGUCUUCUUCCAGGGCAUUGUCGGAACUCCUAGAAACUCCACUCUGCAGCAGUAUGCCGUCAUUCCUGCCGAGCUGGCUGCCCUUCGACCCAGCAACAUCACGGAGGAAGAGGCGGCGGGCAUCGCUCUCGCUAGCGCGUGCGCUCUCGUGGGCAUGUACCACGACACUUCAAGCACGCCUACCAAGCCUGGACCAUGGGAACCAAGGGGCGAUGUUGCUGGCAAGGGCAAAGCGCUCGUCGUUCUUGGGGGCUCCUCAUCCGUUGGGCAGUACGUCAUCCAGCUCGCCAGACUAUCGGGCUACACACAAAUUGUGAGUUGGAAGGCCAGCUGCAAUGCAAUGCAAUGAUUGGCGCGCACUCAGGCCAACAUGUAAUCGCUGCGCUACCAGGUUACCGGAUCUUCGCCCAGCCAUCAUGCGCACCUCAAGCAGCUGGGUGCGACAGCUGUGCUUGACCGAAACGUGGCGGAUGCUACGCACUACGUCUCGGCGCUGGGCGGUCUUGCAGUGGAUUACGUGUACGAUGCCAUCAGCGAAGAGUCUACACACAAAUUAGCCGUAGAGAUCCUGCAACGCUCUUCAGGCAACAAGUCGGGCAAGCUGAACGUGAUAAGCGUCCUACCUCCUAGCGAGUCUGCCAAAGCAGAAGCCAAACAAGCUGGCGUCGAUAUCAGCUUUAUUCUGGGCAUGGGCAGUCUGCCGAAUGUCAGACCCAUCUCAGUGCCCUUCUUCAAGGCCCUUACUGGAUGGCUCAGAGAAGGCAAGUACGUGCCCAACAGGACUCACCUCAUCAACGGUGGCUUGCCCGCCAUCGAGCAGGCACUCGAAGCCAACAAGACGGCGAGCGGCGUCAAGAUCAUCAUUCGUCCGCACGACGCUUGA